AUGGAAAAUUUAUAAAAAUAAGAUAAUUGUUGUUGUAUUCUUCCUAAAACAGCAAAACUCUUUUUAUGCACUGAUAAUCCAAGUAAAAGUUUUCUCCUUAAUAUCAAUGAAAAAGAGUAUGAUUUUUUAAGUUUAGAGGCUUUGUAUGAUAAGGCUAAUCUUGUAUUUGCCUCUAAAAAUAAGCAUUUUGAAAUUGAUUAAUAUUCAAUUAAAAGCUUUUAUGCUAUGUCUCCUGAUUCAUAAUAACUAUUAGCAAAAUCUCAAUUUAAUUAACUUCCUAUUUACUUUAGUCAAAAAUAAAUAUCUUUCGAUAUUGAUAUUGAGUUCAAUAAUGAAUUAGUUCAUUUAACAUUGCCUUAUAACAUUUCAAAUGAAAAAUUGCUGGGUAUUUUAUCUGAAUAGUUUCAUAUCAAAUUAAAAUAGCUUUAUUUAUUGGAUGCAAAAAAACUAAUUGAUGAUAAUCUAAACAAGUACAAAAAAUUAAAUUUAUAUUGCACUGAAAACUACAUUUAUAUUGAUGAAAAUUAAUAUUUUGUUGAUAUGAAUCUUACUUUAAAAUAAAAUGGUGUAUUGUUUGAUUUUAAUAGAUUCCCUUAUCUUUUCAAGUAAAAUUAAAUGGUAAAUCUUAAUAAGGCUUUAAUUCAAUUAGAAAUAUAAAAUGGAGAAAAAUUCUCUUCAUUAGGAAUUAUUGAUGUUUAUAUCGAGGAUUCCUUGUAAAAAAUAAGAAGUGAUUACAGUUUAGAUGAUAUACACAAGCUCUAUCAUGAACUGUUUCCUGAAUAAGAGCUAAUAAAGCGUUUACAUAAAGCAGAAACAGAAGAAGGUUUAACAAAGUAUUUCAAAAAAGAAGAGUUUUUGUUUGUCAAGACUUUAAGUGGCUAAACAAUUAAACUAGAUUACGAUAGCUCUGAUACAAUUGAUAAUAUCAAAAAUAAAAUUUAUGAUAUAGAAGGGAUCCCUCCAGAUCAAUAAAGACUAAUUUUUCCUGGUAAAAUUUUGGAGAAUGGAUAUACAUUAUCUGAUUAUAAUAUAUAAAAUGGGAGUACAAUUCAUCUAGUCUUAUGUUAGCGUGGCGGAGUAACAGCUAAAAAAUUUGUUGAUAUUUAAAAUGAAAAAUCAAAGAAAGUGAUCGAAUUUUCAGCUUAUGCUCCAGUUUAUCGGGUUGCUUGUGAUGGAAUUAAUAUUGAAGGUUAUUGUAAAAAUGAAAAAUGCCCUUAUUAUGAUAAGCUUGUUAUAUCAAAGGUUGGAUAUAAAUCGAUUGAGGUAAUUAAAGAUGAAUAUAAUGAAAUUAAAUGUCCCUACUAUUAUUGUCAAAAUUCUAUUGAAUUGGUUACCUGUGGAUUUUCAAACUGUAAAUAUAAAUGGAGUGGGAUAAAAAUAGAAUAAGGAAGUUAAAAGUAGGUUGUUUCUCCUCUAUUGAUAGCAGCGCAAGACUCUUACACAAGAUACAAUCCACUCAAUGAUGACUUAACUUCAAAUUCAAUCUAAUGGUAGGAACUUUACAUAUUUGCAAAACCCUUAUAAUAAAAUAAAAUUGAGUGUUCGAUUUGUACUAAAUAUGUAGAAAAAGAAAUCUAAACAUCAAUUUUUGAAAUUUGUUUGGAUUAAGAUUAGCAUAAAUGCCAUAAUUCUUGCUUAGAAUAACUUCCUAAUGAUAUUAAAAAGUUAUGUCCUUUAUGUAUUAGAAUAUGGUGA